AUUUAAGAACAUUUUGCUCUGUGUCUUCCAAACCCCAGCCCUCUUUAUUAAGACAUUUUGGAAGCGAUUGAGGAAAUUCUGCAUGCAUUUUGGAAUUGACAGCUGCUGGAUAUUCUUACUUCUGUCAAAAGACGCCAAUAAGAACAUUGAUUUAAAACAGAAGAAUAUAGCCGCAAAACGUUACAAAUAAAAAAGGAACCCACAACCAGAAAAACCCUUCUGCCAGCUGCUCACUUAUCAAGUAACAGACUCCGUCUUCAUUGAGAAGUGGAAGAAGAAAACCUCAGUGACUUGCAAAAGGUCUCAGCCAAAAUGAGCGAAACCCCUUCCACCAGCUUUUCCACAAUCCAUCCCAUUUCUCCUGAAGGCCCAGGGCCCUACCCUCGCCACGCGAGCGUCACUCAUCCCGUGGUGGCCAAACGGAUCAACUUCUACAAGAGCGGAGACCCCCAGUUCAGCGGGGUCCGGGUCGUGGUCAACCCGCGUUCCUUUAAGACGUUUGAUUCACUGCUGGAUAACUUGUCCAAGAAGGUGCCCUUGCCUUUCGGGGUGCGGAACAUCAGCACCCCCCGGGGCGUGCACAGCAUCACGCGCCUGGAGGAGCUGCAGGACGGCCAGGCGUACCUGUGUUCCCACGGCCCGCGGGUGCAGCCCGUGGACCUGCAGCGCGCGCGCCGCCGACCGCGGCCCUGGCAGAGCCCCCGCGCCGUCAGUGCGCAUGCGCCCCGCCGCCCCGCCGCCGUCGCCGCCGCCCCGCGCCGGCUCGUGGUGUUCAGGAACGGCGAGCCCCGGACGGGCCGCGCGCUCGUGCUGAGCCGGGCGGUCACCCAGAGCUUCGAGGCCCUCCUGCGGCACCUCUCCGAGGUCCUGCGGUGCCCGGUGGCGAAGCUGUACGCGACGGACGGGAGGAAGGUUCCCAGCCUCCAGGCAGUGAUCCUGAGCUCUGGAGCUGUGGUGGCAGCAGGAAGGGAGCCAUUUAAACCAGGAAAUUAUGACAUCCAAAAGUUCUUGCUUCCGGCUAGAUUGCCAGGGAUCUCUCAUCGCAGAGGAAAUGCUAGAAACGCUAGGUCACAAAGCAGAAAGAGUAGUAACUGGAAAGUCGCCAUAAUCACAAGUGAUUUGCCAAGUGCAGGGACCAGCUCACAGAUUUAUAUUGUACUAUAUGGAAAACAUAGAAGUUCAGCCCCCAUAUAUCUUUAUGGAACAGAGGGGAUUCAAUUUCAGAGCGGCCAUGAAGACAUCUUCACUAUCACUGUUGGAAACAUUGGAUCCCUCUUUAAGAUUCGUGUUGGUCACACCAACUCUGGACUGUUUCCUGCCUGGCACUGUAAGGAGAUACAAUUGCAGAACAUGUAUUCUGGAGAACAGUUUUAUAUACCGGUUCAACGAUGGUUGGCACGUGAUCAAGAGGAUGGGGAAAUCUGUCGAGAAUUUCCUGUUUUAAACAAAGGACAACCUGUCCUUCCAGUGACAGUAUAUGAAGUGCGUGUGGUGACUGGUGAGCUGUGGAAUGCUGGCACGGUAGCCAAUGUCUACAUUUCUCUCUAUGGGGAGAAGGGAGAUACAGGAUCCAGACAGCUGUUUAGAGCAAAGAGCUCCUCCAAUUUUUUAAGAGGACAAAUUGACACCUUCUCUCUGGAAGCUGUGAAUCUUGGGGGUUUGUACAAGAUUGUCAUAGGUCAUGAUGGCCUUGGUCCAGGCAAUGGCUGGUUUCUUGAUGAUAUUGUGGUCAAGGAUCCCACGACAAACCAUGAAUAUGCCUUCCUGUGCCACAGAUGGCUAGAUCAAGGAGAAGAUGAUGGCAAAAUUGUCAGAGACCUCUAUGCCAGCGAUAACAGUAUCUCCUUGGGAAGGCAGAAGUUGGAACUUAAAAUAAAAGAAACAUGGGCUGCAGAAAGCUGGAAGUUUAAGAAAGGCAACACCCUUCAGUUCUACAACAAGCUUACUGGAGGGUUUGUCCGUCUGCAUCCAGAUGGCACAGUUGAUGCAGCUGGAGAAAAGACAGACAGAUAUGGUCUCUUUGAUGUUAUUUUCAACAAAGGAAACAUAUGCAUUUUCCAAAGUCGUCAGAUGAGGCAUCUUUCUCUUGCUCUUGACAAUGGCUCUGUUACUGGAAUGGCUGGUGCAGGCGCCCCCGUCCAGCUGCGGGUGCUCUACCAGCCCCACCGCUGUGCGGUUCUAGAGUCCGCGCUGGCUCCCGGUCACACCGUGAUUUUCGAUCGUCGUGGCAAUCUAGCCGAUGUGUCAUCCACAGGCUACGCCGACCUUUCAAAAGAAUUUGUGAUUUGCGCCAAGGGUGUGUUCCUGGACAGGGCCGUGAUUCUGCUCGCCACGAGCCUGCAACAGGCCCUGUGUCCCCAGCCCGAUGGGAGCUGUACCGGAGCAGGGAGCCAGUCUGAGAACUCCCACUGGAGAGUGCACAGAAUCAGCUCUGGGGUUUGCAUGUUUGAAAGUGUGAAAAAUGCACAGAUGUAUCUGAGGAUUAAGGAUGGCCAGUGCGAUGGAACAGGUGAAGGAGAUGCUGACUGUCAUUUUAAAAUUAAGAAGAACUUGGAAAAUGCAUCCAUAAGCCUGGAAUCUGUGAAGAGCCCAGGGCUGUUUAUUGGACUUCAGUCAGAUGGACAGGUGAAGCCAGUUGUUUAUACCAAGGAUGGCAGUGUUUUCUUCUAUCCACAAGUCAUCCAAGUUGGCAGAGAAUACCCAAUGGGACCAUCUUCAAUAUCCAGUCAAAAGGAGGAAAGGGUCCACGAGUCAAAGAACCAGACUGCACCACCAAAAUCAGCUGCCGGGGGUCACCUCCCUUCUCCAACUGCAAAAGAAAUCCGACGUUCCCACAGCAGCAAGAAUCUCCUGUCAAAAGAUGAAUGGAAGGUGUUAGUGCUAACGGGAGAUUCGGGUACUCGAGCCAAUGUCACACUUUGGGUGUAUGGGGAAGAAGGAGCCAGUGGACCGAUAUGUCUUAGCAAGGACAAUCCGGAGCAGCUCUUUCUUCCAGGACAGGAGGAUGAGUUUCAGGUUGAAAUAAGAAGCGUUGGAAAAAUAUAUAAGAUAAGGAUAGGACAUGAUGGAACUGGUGAGCAACCCGAAUGGAGCCUACAGAGGGUGACCAUGCAACAUAUGAAGAGGAAGAAAACCCUGGAUUUUGCAGCAGAUAAAUGGUUAUCUCGAAUCCGAGCAGACGGAGACGUAGUCUGUGAACUGCCUGUAAAACGAGGAGGACAAGCUAUUUUUCCAUUGGUGAGAUACCAUGUUGAUGUCCAUACUGGACGCCUGAGGCAUGCAGGAACGGAGACCGACGUGUACCUCUGUCUGUACGGAGAGAGGGGAGACUCUGGUCUCAGGCUCCUACACAGAUCUAACAUGCCAAGGAAAUUUCAAAGAGGACAGAUUGAUACGUUUCAAGUAGAAGCAGUGUCGCUCGGAAAACUGCAGAAGGUGCUGUUGCGCUGUGAGGCCAACGACAAAUCGCAGUACUGGUACUGUGAAAAGGUAGUGGUCAGGGAAGCAGACACCAUCUCUGAGUCCAUCUUCACCUGCGAAAGAUGGCUUCCCUUCAUGUCCCAGGGCAUAAUUCAUUCAGAAGUUGAACUUUAUCUUCAAGAAAUGCAAAUAAAUCAUCAACCUAAAAUACAAGAGGAAGCAAAUGAAGGAGACUGGAAGGUGACAGUUGUCACUGGGGAUUUUGAAAAUGCUGGCACCUCAGCCACAGUGUUCCUUUAUGUUUAUGGAGAAACAAGAUCUUCAGGCCCCAUCAUUUUGGGAUCUGGGAAACACCAGCUAUUUAACAUCAACAGUGCAGAUAUAUUCAAGAUUACUCUUAAAGAUAUUGGUGAAAUCUAUAAAAUACGCAUUGGACAUGACAACAGUGGAAAGGAUCCCAGGUGGUAUCUGGAAGAGAUUAGACUUGAAAAUAUAGCCACCUCUGAGCUGUUUUGUUUACCUGUUGAUUCCUGGAUAGCAGAGAAUGAAAAUGAUGGUGAUAUAUGGAAGGAACUACCCAUCGCAAGAACUAAUAGAGCAUCUUUGCCAGUGGUGGUUUAUGAGAUCCACAUACACACUGGCACAACCUUGGGUGCAGAGACAGAAGCUAAUGUAUUUAUCAACCUCGUUGGCACCAGAGGGGAUUCGGGGAAACGAAGGCUCCAUCGAUCCCAAAACAAUGACGUCAAGUUCCAGCGUGGACAGGUUGAUGUUUUUUCCAUUAAGGGUGUGUCUCUUGGAAAACUGAAGAAAGUUCUGAUUAGUCAUGAUGGAACAGGUCCAGGUAAUGGAUGGUUUCUUGAGAGCAUCGUUGUUAGGUUUAAAGAGGAAGACAGCAAUGAGGAGGUGCUGUUUCUAUGCAACAGCAGAUGGCUCGAUGAGUACCAAGAUGAUGGGAAGAGUGAACGGGAACUGCUUGCACAAAGUAAUUACUGCAUAUAGCAAAGGCUGGAUCUGUCACCUCCUGAAAGACCCACUCGAGUCUGUACCUCCGCGGUGGCUUCGAAAAUCUAGCCCAUCUGCAAUAGUGCAUCUGCUCUGUCCCUGCACCGAGGCAAACACCUGGGGGGAGGCUCAAGUUACACCGGACAAAUUCAUUUCUUUUGAGAACUUUGGAAUUUGGGAAGUUCUGCCAACAAUUGGCCAAGAUCAGCAUUCUGAAAUUUAGUGUCCAAAUCUAAUUUUCCUAUUAAAAUAUGAACUGAACUGCUAAGGUCAUGGAAAUGUUUAAACAAGUAGCCUCAGUAGGAAAUAACUGAAGAGGCACACAACCACAUUUCAUUAAUCUAAAAUACUUUUAUAAAAAGUAGUUUAAUUUUGAAACAGAAGCCUCGUUCUUAGAUCUUGAUAUGUCUCUCUAAGUAUCCGUGAUAAUAGAAGUAAGAACAUAUAAAAAGAAAGCAUGCAAUUGGAUUAACGUAUGUUCCCAUGCUUGCUUUCCCCUGGUUGUCAUUUAUGGCAAUGGCUUUUAUAAUCUGGUCAUCUGGGCUGCAGAUCUGCAGCAUCAGAGUGUGGUGCAGGCAUUCAACCUCCAUUAUGCCACUUUCUUCCAUGGAGCCUCAAAUACUUGCCAACUCAGUGCCACGGCCAACUUUCUCCAGCCUUUAAAUUAGCGCACCAGGUAAAACCCACUUGCCACCUUGGAGAUGGCCACCGCCUGGCUUUGGAUGCCAAAGAGAGCUAGGCUUGAGUCUCAGUUCUGCGCCUUGGACUAGCUUUGUGACCUUGGGCAAGUCCUGCAACCCUCUAAAUCUGUUUCUGCAUCUGUAAAUGAUUCUAGUAACAAUAGGAAUGGCUGAUGAGUUCAGGGCUCUAUGUUGGUUUUCACUUAUUAGCUUCAUCCUCAUUUUACAGAAGAGGAAUCCAGGGGUCAGACAGGACAGGAGAUCUGCCUGAACUCAGCUCACGGAUCGGUGGGAGAUCCAGGGUCUGACCCCGCACCUUGGCACCAGAGCCCAUUGACACGGACAGUGCCCUUUGACCUCUUGCCCUCUGCUGCGGGUUUUUCAGUAUCCCAUGAACUCAUGUAGAGGGACCCAAACAGUCAUGCUUUGCACACCACCUUCCUGGCUUUCUCCAUAUACAAGUGCUACUUGUACUGUUCUCUACUUAACAUUUUUCCUUUAAACUAUCUUUAAAUUAGCUUAUUGGGAGGCCAGGGGAGUUUAGCCUCAUCCUAAAUCAUAAUCAUAAUAUCCAUGAAAUCACUGAUUUAAUAGGUUGGUUACAUUUCUUCCGUAAAAUCCAUUGAAAUUAAUCUAUACCUAAUGAAAAUUUUACAUUAGCCUAUAUGCUACCUAGAACUCUCUUUAAAAUAUCUGGUGGUGCAAAUUCCACAAUUUGGGAAAACACUGAGAAAAUAUACAUAGAGUACUUAACUGUGUGCCUGGCAUAUGGUUAUCAACAAAUAACAUUUCAAAAUAU